GCCCCUGGAACCCAUGAAGCAGCAACGCCCCUCGCUAUAAAUUUGAAGCUGCUUCACAGAGGAUGAUUCCUGCGCCUGUCAGCCAAGCGUCCCAGGCAGUGGGGGACAGAGCGUCUCGGAGGACGCUCGACUAGCAGUUCAGCGGCCGGGAGGCGGCGAUCCAUGGGGAGGAGCCCGAGCGGACCCCGGGAGUGAGGGCGCACAGCCGGAACGCGGAGGCGGCGCGCCCACGCCCCGAACCAGCGCCGCCAGCUCUGUCCGCCGUGGGCGCAGCAUCCCGGGUGCGGAUUUGAUACAUGAUAAAUUGGUCUAAAAUGGCUGAGUUUUUAUCUGAAUAAGUCAUUGACUCCAUCCCAGAAGGUCUGCAUCCAGAAUCCUACAGUUCUGGAAAAUGCUUAGAGAGGAUCAUUUUAGAAUGAUCUGACACAACAGCUAUUUAGUCAACUCGCAAUUUUAGAGCUCCUACUAAAGGAAAUGGUGUUGUGGAAUUCACGUAAACCACAGAGCCUGAGUAAAAGUGAUGGCGAGACCCAGAAAUAGAGAGAGGUGCAUUUGGCAAAGUGACUGAAACUAAUUAACCCAGGAGAUCAAAAUGAUCCUCAACUCUUCCACUGAAGAUGGUAUUAAAAGAAUCCAAGAUGACUGUCCCAAAGCUGGAAGGCACAAUUACAUAUUUAUCAUGAUUCCUACUUUAUACAGUAUUAUCUUUGUGGUGGGAAUAUUUGGAAACAGCUUGGUGGUGAUUGUCAUUUACUUUUACAUGAAACUGAAGACUGUGGCCAGUGUUUUUCUUUUGAAUUUAGCACUGGCUGACUUAUGCUUUCUACUGACUUUGCCACUAUGGGCUGUCUACACUGCUAUGGAAUACCGCUGGCCUUUUGGCAAUUACCUGUGUAAGAUAGCUUCAGCCAGUGUCAGUUUCAACCUGUAUGCCAGUGUGUUUCUACUCACAUGUCUAAGCAUUGAUCGCUACCUGGCGAUUGUUCACCCAAUGAAGUCCCGCCUUCGGCGCACAAUGCUUGUGGCCAAAGUCACCUGUAUCAUUAUUUGGCUGCUGGCUGGCUUGGCCAGUUUGCCAACCAUAAUCCACAGAAAUGUAUUUUUCAUCGAGAAUACCAAUAUCACAGUUUGUGCUUUCCAUUAUGAAUCCCAAAAUUCAACCCUCCCUGUAGGGCUGGGCCUAACCAAGAAUAUACUGGGUUUCUUGUUUCCUUUUCUGAUCAUCCUUACAAGUUAUACUCUUAUUUGGAAGACCCUAAAGAAGGCUUAUGAAGUUCAGAAGAACAAACCAAGAAAUGAUGAUAUUUUCAAGAUAAUUAUGGCAAUUGUGCUGUUCUUUUUCUUUUCCUGGGUUCCCCACCAAAUAUUCACUUUUCUGGAUGUGCUGAUUCAGCUGGGCGUCAUACAAGACUGCAGAAUCGCAGAUGUUGUCGACACCGCCAUGCCCAUCACUAUUUGCUUAGCUUAUUUUAACAAUUGCCUGAAUCCUCUCUUUUAUGGCUUUCUGGGGAAAAAAUUUAAGAAAUAUUUUCUCCAGCUUCUCAAAUACAUUCCGCCAAAGGCCAAAUCCCACUCAAGCCUGUCAACAAAGAUGAGCACGCUUUCCUACCGCCCCUCAGAAAAUGGAAGCUCAUCCACCAAGAAGCCUGCCCCGUGCAUUGAGGUUGAAUGAUCCACCCCGAAACCUGUCUGUGAAGUCAUCUUGUGAAAGAAGGAGCAAGAGAAACAUUCCUCUACAACCUUUCAGUACCAAAACAUGGGCUACUUUCCAGAAUUUAAGAAGAAAAUGGAUUGUGUGGACUGAACUGACUUUUCUAAAGCUCUGAACAAAAGCUUUUCUUUCCCUUUGCAACUAAACAAAGCAAAGCCACAUUUUGCAUUAGAUAGAGGAUGUUUGCUCAAAGAACGAUGUCAGAAACUGAAUAAAUGUGUUGAUUUGGAGAAUUUUCCUAGUAGAAAUGCCAUCCCCCUCAGUCUGCUCUUGUUCUGUUAUUCUUGAUUUCCAUAUAAAGGUACUUGGAAUAUGUUAAACCUUGAGAGGAGCAACAGGAGAUUAGAGCUCAAGAUCGCUCUGCCCACCUUCCAAAGGGCAGUAAAGCUUUUCUGCCUAUUUUGCUAUUAGCAACUGUGAGCCACCUGUACCUGCUACUGCACAUUUUGUGCAAAGACUUGCUAAGCAGUAGUUGUCAGGUUUCAGAAACUUGUGAAAUUCAACAAGUGUCUUCUAGAUUCACACUGCCAAAACAUGCCAGCUAAAUGAUCUAUUUGUUUAAUGACAUUACUGAAGUCACGUAUAAAAAUUAAAAUACUUGUGAAGGUGUUAAUCUGGUCCCAGGUAGUAGUGUCUUCCUAGUCACAUGAGUUUUAUUUUGUAUCUGAGAAGUAUAUAUAUUUUGUGGUAAAAAGAUUAUAUAUCAUAAAGUAUGUCUUAUUGUUUUAAAAAGUACAUAUUCUACCUAUAUAUGUAAAUGUAUAUGUACAUCUCUAAACUGUUGUUACUUUAUUGAAAUCUGGCAAAGUUACAUUCACAUUAAAAUAACGUUAUUAUAAUGCA